UUGUCAAACUCGAAGCAUUUAUUUGACAUCUUUCCUUUGAUUUCCAUCUUCUUCUUCUUAUUUCUUUCCUCAUCCUGAUAGCUAUUACUUACCAUGUACAAAGCCCAAAUCUUGCAAAAAAUUAAAUCGGUGGCAGAAGCCCAUAAGAAUAAAGUCAAAGAUGAGUCCUUCCUGAACAUCGAGUGCAAGGAUUGCAAAACACUCGGACAUUUCAACAAGGCAUACCAUGAAUGCAAGUUUUACAAAGCAGUUUCUGCAGCUGAUGUUGGAAGUAGCGGUAAGAAACGUAAGCAAUCAGCUACAAUCAAGGAAGAAAAGAAGCAAGCAAAGAGAAAGAAGAAGCAAACAACUGGAGAUAUCAAGUGUAUCAGUUGUGGCUUAAAGGGUCAUUCUACUUCUCGUUCUCUCGAAUGUCCCAAUCACAUUGCUUCAAAGGAAGAAGUUAUUACCUCGACGCUUGGAGAAGGCUCCACUGUAUUCACGAGGAAGCUCCCUCUUACGUCUGCUGUGAAGCCAGCGUUUCGCGAACAAUUCCAAGGGAAAGUCAUCUCUUGCUGCUCUGACAUAAGGAGAAUAGUAUUCUCUAGUCAAUUAUUCGUUAACUCGUACCUCAUUCAUUAUCAGGAGAAUAGAAGGAAUGCUAACAAAGGCGACAAGAAAGACAAUGAUAAAAACAGCAACAAAGGCAGUAAAGAAGCCAACAAAGAAGACAGCAAGAAAGGCAGUAAAGAAGCCAACAAAGAAGACAGCAAGAAAGGCAGUAAAGAAGCCAACAAAGAAGACAGCAAGAAAGACAGCAAAGAAGCCAACAAAGACAGGUCUAUUCCUGAUGUAUUCUGCCAGCAAUUCUGGUAUUCAGUAGGUCAGCUAGUAACGGGCAAGCAAGUUACUCACAAAACGGCAUUAUCCGAGGACAUAAAACAGUAUUAUACAGACUUCAAGGCAAAGUUCCCUACUAUCGAAGUAAAACACAAGCUAACCGUGGAAUAUAGCCAUUGCCUUACAGAGGCAGCAAAGGAAUUGAGCGUCUCUUACACGAACUCCAUUGUAGAGCGCUUCGAGCAGCGCUUAACAAAGUUCCUUACUUACAAAUUGAGAACUAUGCUCCCGGUAAGGCUGUAAGGAAAAGUUGCCAAGGGUUAUAC